ACAGAGAGAGAGAGAGAGANCAAGGGGAUGGUGUGUUGGUGAUUGAGUUGAAUUGAUGAUUGGGGCCAGGGUUUGAUGUGGAGGAAGAUUGGGAAUUGAGACACUAGGGUUCAGGGGAAUGGAUGAGGAGAAGAAAAUGGGUUUGAAGAGAAAGUCGAAACUUGCAGAAACGGUGAUUGAUUCCGAUGAUGACGAGCCUAUUGGAACACUACUGAAGAAAAAGGGCAAAAAAAGUUCUAAGAAAACUAAGCUGAUUGCAGAUGUUGAAAACCAUUCGAAAGCGAUCGGAAAGAUGACUCCUGAGAAUGAUGAACUAGGUGGUAUGGACGACACGUUGGCGAUUUUCAGGAAAAAAUUAAAGGGUCCAAAAAAGAAUGAUAGAUCUGCAAUGGCAGCUGGAAAAGAAUCAAGCAGCGAUGUAGUGGAGUCAUCGGGCCUGCCUCUUGAUGAGUCUGUUAAGGACUCUGAAUUGGAUCUAAAUGGGUUUAAUGUAUUGCAGAAAAGAUGCCUGGAUAGCACUGAAGAUGCAUCUUCAGAGGGUGCUACCGUGAUGGAGGUUUUGAAACUGAAGGCUAAAAAGAAAAACAAGAGAUUCAUAGUUAAUUCAGAUACCAUGAUAGCUGGAAACUCUGAAUCGGGCAAAGAUGUCCAUCCGAAGAAAUCUGGGGAUGAUGCAUUGAGGUGUGAGGAAAAAUGUACUUCAGAAUCAGACAGAGUGGCAGCAGAGGAUUCAUUAUCUGCAUUUUUCCAAAAGAUGCAGACUGGGAAAUCGCAUGGUUCUUCAAAAUUGAAGAAGGGGAAGAAAACCCGAGAAUUGAACGAUGGACCGAAAAUGAAUUUUAGUGCUGGCUUAGAGUCUUCUGUUUGGAAAGCCAAGUCGGAUUCAACAUUUGUCAAGAAAUCUGUCUUGCCCGAUGAACGUUAUUCAGAAGUCUUAAAUUGUACGCCAGGGAAUGCUUCUGAUUUAAAUAAAGGGAUACCAGUGAAUGAUUCUUCUAAAGAAAAUAAUUCGGAGGAAUCAACUUCGAUUACUGUGCAUGGAAGUUCUCCUUCCAGUUUGAGGCAAUGCCCUGUUAAGAUCAUUGGAGUCGAAGAAGGUGGAAUUAACGCUGAUGAUGUAGGAGACCAACCAGCACCAGGUUCCACAAACGAGACUCCGAUUCCAGAUAAUAUCUUUAAUGUGAAUGAUAGGACUGAUCAUUGCAUGGAGCCAAAGGAUUUGGAAACACCCGUAUGUGAAUCCAUUGAAAAUACUUGUGAUGACGUGAAACUAGACAGCUGUCUUGAUAUUGACGUGGAUUUAAUUCAUUCCACCCAAAUGCAGAUCGAACAUCCAUCUGGAGAUCAUGGCGAUCCAGUUAAAGUCCUUGAUAAAUUCCCUGAAGAAGAAUUAGACCUUGCACCAGUUUCUUCAGAAAAGGUACAUGAAGUGGUCCUGCAAAAGAGUAAGGAUGAGCCAGACAGAGUCGAUAUUGAAGCUGAACAUGUCUUGGAACCUUCUCGAGCAUCACGUGAAGGUGUGUGUCCUCCAAGCUGUGACUCUCCUGAGAGUGAGGGAAUUAAUGGGACCUCUGGCUCAUCUAUGAUGGUGGAUCAUCAGGGAAGCUAUGCAGAAGAUCCUGAAACCAAGGAAACUAGCCUGUCAGUUGGGCAGCGAGCUGCACGGAAUGCCAGAAAGCAGAGGCACGGUGACAUGGCAUAUGAGGGUGAUAUUGAUUGGGAAGUACUUAUGCAGGCCCCUGAACAUUUUGUCAGCCAUAAUAAAAUAAGAGAGAAACUUGAUUCAUUAUCUGCUACUGUACAUGCUGGAUAUGGUAAAGCAGCAGCUGUAGCGGCUGGGCUGAAAGCUCGUGCAGCUGGUUCCCUUGAGAAAAUCAGAUUUAAGGAAGUCUUGAAGCGUAAAGGUGGAAUUCAAGAAUAUUUGGAGUGCAGGAACCAUAUUUUGAGUUUAUGGAACAAAGAUGUCACCCGCAUUUUACAACUGGCAAACUUUGGUGUGUCGGAGGCUCCACUGGAGGGUGAAAGCAAACGUGAUUCUCUGAUUAGGGAUAUCUUCGCCUUUCUAGAUCAAUGUGGUUAUAUAAAUUUUGGAGUGCCUUCUGAAAAGGAGAAUCCUGAUAACUGCAUCAAGGCUGAUGCGAAGCUUCUAGCCGAGGAGAAGCACAGGGACAAUUCUGUGCCUCCCUGUACAAAUUCCAAGGAUGGAGAUGCUGUUGUUCUUGGGAAGGACAAAAUAUCAGAAAACUCUGUCAGUGAAAAGCAUGCUGAUGCAUUUGCGGAGGGAAACCUGGCAGGCAUCGACGUUCCAGAAAAUGGACACGUAAAUCUCAAGGCGUCAAAAUCCACUGCCCAAAGCGUCAUGGAAGAAAGUUCCCUUGAUCAUACUCGAGGAAUCAAUUCUUUUGAUGCUGCACAUCUUGAAAAAGAAGCUUCUGUUGGUGCAGAUAAUUUGGAUUCAAUUCCUUCCCGUACAGAUGAGAAUGACAAAACUAUUCCUGACCCUCAGCCAGUUUUAUUCAGCCCCGAGCAAGCACUGUGCGGUAGAUUGUCAGACUCCGUGGAUGAUUCAUUUAGUCGUGCUCAGAAUUUUUCAAAGUCCAAAAAGAAUAUAAUAGUCAUAGGGGCGGGUCCCGCUGGCUUAACUGCAGCACGCCACUUGCAACGCCAAGGUUUCAGUGUUACAGUGCUCGAAGCAAGGAGCAGAGUAGGGGGCCGUGUUUUUACAGACCGCUCGUCUUUGAGUGUUCCCGUAGAUCUUGGAGCUAGCAUCAUUACAGGCGUGGAGGCUGACGUGGCCACUGAAAGAAGACCCGAUCCUUCAUCGUUGAUUUGUGCUCAGUUGGGCCUCGAAUUGACUGUAUUGAACAGUGAUUGUCCCUUAUAUGACACUGUGACGGGUGAGAGAGUUCCUGCAGAUCUGGAUGAAGAAUUGGAAGCAGAAUAUAACAGACUACUUGACGAAAUGGAACUCCUGGUUGCUGAGAAAGGGGAGUCUGCAAUGAAAAUGUCUCUUGAGGAAGGUUUAGAAUACGGGCUCAAAAGACGCCGUAUGGCCCACUCUGGUCGAGAUUAUAUGGAAGCUAUACCUGUUAAAUCUCGAGAAGCUUCUGGAUUGAGACCUCUUGAGAGGAGAGUCAUGGAUUGGCAUUUUGCCCACUUGGAGUAUGGAUGUGCUGCCUUGCUUCAAGAAGUUUCACUUCCAAACUGGAAUCAAGAUGAUGUCUAUGGAGGAUUUGGUGGUGCCCAUUGUAUGAUUAAAGGGGGUUACAGCGCUAUUGUUGAAUCUCUUGCAGAAGGAAUUUGCAUUCACUUGGACCAUGUUGUCACAGAAGUUACAUAUAAUAGAAUGGACUGCGAGGCAAAUGAUAAGUUGCAUAGAAAGGUUAAAGUCUUGACUUCAAACGGCAAGGAGUUUUCAGGGGAUGCAGUCUUGGUGACUGUGCCACUCGGGUGCCUGAAAGCAGAGAGCAUCAAAUUUUCACCCUCGUUGCCCGAAUGGAAGUACUUAUCUAUUAAGAGGCUUGGAUUUGGCGUUCUAAACAAGGUAGUGUUGGAGUUUCCUGAAGUUUUUUGGGACGAUACUAUCGAUUACUUUGGCGCUACUGCAGAAAAUCGAGAUCAACGGGGCCGCUGCUUUAUGUUCUGGAAUGUUAAGAAAACCGUCGGUGCACCUAUUCUUAUAGCUUUGGUUGUUGGCAAGGCUGCGAAAGAUGGUCAAAGUACUGGCUCGUCUGAUAAUGUCAGUCACGCUUUGCUUGUUCUUCGAAAGCUAUUCGGGGAAGAUAAGGUCCCCAAUCCAGUUGCAGCUGUAGUUACUGACUGGGGACGAGAUCCUUACAGCUAUGGUGCUUACUCGUAUGUUGCUGUUGGAUCAUCUGGAGAAGACUAUGAUAUUCUGGGAAAACCGGUCGAGAACUGCUUGUUCUUUGCUGGUGAAGCCACAUGCAAGGAGCACCCAGACACGGUUGGUGGUGCAAUGAUGAGUGGGCUACGAGAGGCUGUACGCAUUAUUGAUAUAAUGAAUACAGGAAAGGAUUACAUUGCCGAAGUCGAGGCCAUGGAGGCUGCAAGAAGACAUUCGGAUAUCGAGAGGAGUGAAGUAAAGGACCUUAUCAGGAGGCUAGAUGCUGUGGAGUUCUCUAAUGCUUUGUAUAAAAAGUCUUUGGAUGGAUCUCGUGCUUCUAGCUGGGGCACGAUGCUUAAGGAUAUGUUCUUCACUGCAAAAACUACUGCUGGCAGAUUGCAUCUAGCUAAGGAGUUGUUAAACCUUCCUGUUGGGUUUUUGAAGACAUUUGCUAGCACCAAAGAAGGGCUUAGCACCCUCAACACAUGGAUUCUGGAUUCUAUGGGGAAGGAUGGAACUCAGCUUUUGCGCCAUUGUGUCCGUUUACUUGUACUUGUUUCAAACGAUCUGGCUGCAGUUCGCUUAUCAGGUGUUGGAAAAACUGUUAAGCAAAAGGUCUGUGUUCAUACCAGUCGCGAUAUACGUGCCAUAGCCUUUCAGCUUGUACGUGUGUGGGUUGAACUUUUCCGCAAGGAGAAGGCUUCUAAAGGAGGGCUUAAGUUACUUCGACAGUCAAAUAGUCUGGAUUCAAAGAGCAAGUCUUCUCUUGUCUCUGGAAAACCACCUCUGGGAAAUGUUGAGAGCAAGUUAAACUCCAAAGCUUCUGCAUCUGCUGAACAUCAGCUGCAUUCCAGUACAAGUACUAAAAAAAUGGAUGGCGGCCCACUUAAAUCAGAAGCAAGAAUCCACCAGAACACUGAAGAGGAUAGCCACGAAGUUCCCAUGUCUGAAGAAGAAAAAGCUGCCUUUGCUGCUGCAGAAGCAGCCCGAGCUUCAGCUAUUGCUGCUGCCAAGGCAUUAGCUUCUUCUGGUGCUCGGAAUGCUUCACUACAGGCACCCAAAAUUCUCUCAUUUCACAAAUUUGCCAUGCGGGGACAGAACAAUUUCAUGGAUGCACCCGACAGUAGAAAGCAUUGGUUCGGUGGUGCAAUCGGAAGUGAAGAUUGCUUAGCCGAAAUAGAUUCUAGAAACUCUAGGGUUAGAGAUUGGUCUGUUGAUUUCACAAAUGAGUUCGCUGCUGAUUGUCAGUCGAACAUCAGAGAGCACUCUGGGGAAAAUGUCGAAGUGGAUAGCAGUUUUCUGACUAAGGCGUGGGUCGAUAGUGAUGGCAGUGUGGGGAUCAAAGACUACAGUGCCAUCGAGAGGUGGCAAUGCCAGGCGGCAGCAGCUGCUUCAGGCUUCUCUCAUGGGACGAUGCACUUAAUUGACGAGGAGGAGUCGAACUUGAGCUUGAGGAAGCACGAGUUUUCAGCGAAUGAGAGCUCAGCUUCAAAAGUUACGAUGAAUAAUAAAUCGUCCAGAGGCUCUCAACUGAGAGGAGCUGACCGUCUGAAGAAGGCAGUUGUGGAUUAUGUGGCCUCGUUGCUCAUGCCUCUUUAUAAUGCGAAGAAGAUUGAUAGGGAUGGUUACAAGUCAAUCAUGAAGAAAGCUGCCACCAAGGUCAUGGAGCAAACUACUGAUGCCGAGAAAGCUAUGGCUGUCCACGAGUUUCUUGAUUUCAAACGCAAAAACAAGAUCCGAGCAUUCGUGGACUUGCUGAUUGAAAGGCACAAGGCCGUGAAGCCAGAUGCCAAAGCAUGAACUUCUGAGAAGGAUGCUUGAAGAAAUAUGCAUGCUUUUUGGUUCAGAUAUGACUAUAUCAUGACAUAUUAGCAAGGAAGCUCACAAGUGCCGUUUCCAGAUCAUUGAAAAUACGAAACAAUCCUGUAACAUGGGAUUGCUUUUUUCUGAAUUUGCUUAUUUUAAUCAAAAGAAGUGUAUUUUGUAGGGUAGAAAGUGAAGACCUAACCUUUUUCACCUGAGUUUAGAACAGAAAUGAUUUUUUUUUUUCCUGACUGUGACUGUACAGUGUAGAUUUUGGUUGGUGAAUUCAAGUAUACAGUAUUCUUCUUCAGUAGCACAACUUGCUCUUAUCUUUAGUUUUAUUUUACUGUCUUUGGGAGAAGAAUUACUGUUUAAGAAUAAAGUUUGAGCAUGACUUGGCUGUUAGAAGGAAUGGUUAUGAAGGUUACCUCUCUUUUUUACCAUGGCCGUGUGCCCAAAAGGUAAAUACGACUGAUUAAAUUACCGGUCACAUGAAAAAUGUGAUGCUAUGUGGUGUAUGUGCUUCAAGAUCUC